AUGGGUGAUAUAGAUUUGAAAAGUUAUUCUGCCAUUGUGGCUAUUUCAUUGUCUAUUGGUUUUCUGGCUGGCCAGCUUUUUUCUAGGAGAGGGAAGGCAGCUGCUUCGGAAGAUACAUUUGGGUUGGAUGAUGAAUGUAAAAUGGUCUUGGUCGUACGAACGGAUCUAAAGAUGGGUUCGGGGAAGAUUGCUGCUCAGCAUGCGACGCUUGCCUGUUAUAAAGCUAUGCAAAACUCCCACCCAAGGUUGCUCAAACAAUGGGAAAGAACAGGCGAAGAUGAACUACUCUCCCUCCAGAAAGAAGCACGUUUCCUCAACUUGUGCGCGCAAUCCAUCCGCGACGCAGGUCGAACCCAAAUUGCCGCAGGAUCACGGACAGUACUCGGUAUUAUCGGUCCAGCGAAACUUGUGAACCAAGUGACUGGGAAGCUGAGGCUACUAUGA